UUUACAAUAUUCUCAUCAUUCUAAUUGCAUCUAAUUUUAAUUCUCUUUUUCUUUUUCUCAUCCCUUUUAAGUGUUAUUAUCAUUAUUUUAGAUUUUCUUUUAUUUUAAACAAAUAUCUUAAUCUUAAUAGUGUUGAGCUUUGUUGUUUUGAGUGGAAAUUUGUUGUUAUAAUGUCCACGAAUAAACAUGAAAUCUCCAUGUCACCUGCUCGACGUUUCUGGAAUGCAGAAACAAAUCGUGACUCAUUGUACCAUAUCUACUUAAAGAAGAUCACCUAUUCGUCUAAUAAUGAUUUAAAUGAUAGUGAUAGUUUACAAUGGGAAACUCGUCGGAUACGUUUAUUAAAAGCAGCAACAAUUGAACAUAUAAUGGAAUAUAUUUUAUUAUUAACUCCACACCAAAGGGAAUUAAAUGUCUCAUCAUCAUCAUCAUCAUCUUCUUCUUCAUCACCAUCAAAUCAUCAUCAUUGUAAUACCACAUCAAUGGAGGAAGGUCGAAAUGAUGUAACCCAUAUAAUGCAUGUUAUUUUUUGUACUUAUCGUAAAUACUGUUCACCUCAAGAGCUUUUCACCAUUUUGGUUAAACAUUCAAGAAAAGCAUCACCCCACCAGUUAAGAUUUGUCCUUCAUUAUUGGUUAAGAUAUUAUCCGGAAGAUUUUCUCACUCCAUUGCAAUUAGAAUCAACUGAUGUAACUACAACAAUACCAACAACAAAUACUACAACUACUAUUUCAACAACAUCAGUAUCUACAACAACAUCUACAACCUCAACUACAAGUACCGAUGAUGAGAGUAUAAUUAAUGAUAGUCUACCAAUUGAUGAUAAUUGUACAUCAUCUCCUUCCGUAAAUACUAAAAGCAAAACCACCAGUAAUCGAAAGUCUUCCUCUUAUCUUCCUCGUAUUUUAACUGCAAUUAAAAGUAAAAAUAUAAACAAUGAAAAUGGUAAAAAAGGUAAUGAUGAGACUACGAAAAUUGACUCAUCUCUAUUAACAGCUAAUAACCAAAGUAAAUCACCAAGAAGUUCAUCUCAAUCAAAAUCAACCCCAUCAACACCAACACCAAUACUUAAUUCACCGGAAACUCAAUUGUCAAACCAAAAAACUUUAUUUGAUCUUUUAUUACUUCUUCCUUGUAUUGAUGAUACUCUUUACCGAAAGGCUCAUUUAUUUGUUGAACAAAGUAAAUUUGAUCAGACUGAUCAAACUUCAAAUUCUCGUCAUAAUUCUAUCAACAAAUCUCCUGCUUAUUGCAUCAUUGAUUUGGACACUAAAUUUGUCGCUCAACAAUUGACCGCUAUUGAUCUGGAAAACUUUUUAUCUUUAAAACCUUACACUCUAUUGAAUGGCCAUCGACAAAAUCCUCGAGUUCAAAAUAUGAUUAAAAAUUUCAAUCUAUUAUCUAAACAUGUUGUUAUUACAAUUCUAAAAGCACAUUCUCCUGAUCUAGUCACAACUCAUUGGAUUAACAUUGCCCAACAAUUGAGGAAAAUGAAAAAUUUUAAUUCACUUAAAGCCGUAAUUGCUGGAUUAAGUAAUGAAUCAAUAUUCCGUUUAAAACAAACAGUUUGGUCUAAAAUUAAUAAAACAAUUGAAUCAACAUUUAAACAAUUAUCAACAAUUGUUGAUGAUGUUGACAAUCAAACUUUAUUGAGACAAACACAACUGGAAAUUGAAGGAACUGCUAAAGUUAGUAUCGAGGAAGAGUCUUUUGGUACAAUACCUUACCUUGGUAUAUUUUUAACUGAUUUAACUUUCAUCGAUACUAAGUCAAGUAAUUACAUUGAAAAUCCAAAAGCUGCAGGGAAAAAAUUAAUCAAUUUGGAAAAAUGUUGCAAACAAUUUGAGAUAAUUACUCAGAUUCAUUUACUUCAACAAAACAUAAAUGCUGCACUAACUGCUUACCAUCAAUCGCAACAAUUAACUGGACUCUCACAAUUACCAAACUAUAAUAGUACACCAACUGUCCCUCGAAUUGUUGUCGCUCGAUUGUUCAGAGCUUGGUUUCAAGAUUCAAUUAUCGCUGACAUGACAGAUAAUGAUUGUUAUAAGUUAUCACUCGCCUUGGAAACAUCUCAAAGUCAAAAGAAAUGAUCAAUCUCCAUCAUCAACAAUUUACCUUCUUAAUUAUUUACACACCAAAAGCAAAAAAAUAUUAUUUUUCUAUACAACUAA